AUGGAAUAUAAUAUUUUUUUGCGACGAAUUUUAAAGAGUGAUGAUUUAGUGGCUACAUUAUUGAGGUCAAAUGUCAAUCGGACGAAAACUGUCGUUAUCGAUUACUCAUCGCCAAACUUAGCCAAACGAUUUCAUAUCGGCAAUCUCAGGUCAACAUUACUUGGCCGUUUCAUUGAUUCAAUAAAUCGUAAAGCAGGAAAUAAAAUUGUUUCCAUUAAUUAUUUAGGAGAUUGGGGAAGACAGUUUGCAUUAAUCGCUGCAAUUUGGCCUGAUGUAAAACCUAAAUCAUUGGACAAACUUACUGAUUUGGAAAAAGUUAAAUUUUAUACGAAAUGCUAUGUUGAAGCAACAAAUAGAGCCGAAAUUGAUGGAGAGUUUAAUCGAAAGGUGCAAAAAAUUUAUGAAGAAAUGGAGUUGGCAAUGGCUUCAAAUGAUUUAAAUGCCAAAAUUUUAUCGCUUUGGAAAGAUAUUCGACGAGUUUCAUUGCGACAUCUCAAAAAUUUUUACAAGGAAUUGGGCGUUGAAUUUGACGAAUUUAAUUCAGAAUCAGAAAAUGUUCGACCGGCUCAUGAAUUGAUUAACAAUCUCGUACGAAUUGGCUUUGCAAAAGUUAUUUCCGAUAAAACAACUGUUGUCGAGGAAGAGCAGUCUGCUAAUAACAUUAUUUUGCGAAAAUCAAAUAAUGGUACACUAUAUUUAUCCAGAGAUCUGGCUUCGCUGAUGCAACGACAGAAAAAAUAUUCAGCAGACGAAUAUGUCUAUGUUGUUGAUCAGUCACAGUUUUUGCAUUUUGAUGCAUUAAAGAAAAUUUUAGCAAAAAUUGGUGAAACAGAUCUUUCGAAAAAGGUAUAUCACCUAAUGUUUGGCAGAGUACAUGGUCUGUCCACAAGGAAAGGAAUAACAGAAUCAGUGGAAGAAAUAUUGAAUCAUGGUUGUGAAAUUGCAGCUAAUUUUAUUUCUCUAUCUAAAACAAUGAAAAUUGAUCAUUCAAAAGUUGACGUUGCAAAAAAUCUUUCUCUAUCCACUAUAAUUGUCAACGAUCUUAAACGAGGACGCAAAAAAGAUUAUGUUUUUUCAUUUAGUGAUGCUUUCAAAAUGAAUAUAAAUAAUGGAUUACUAUUGCAGAUGAAACAUAGUCGACUUUUCUCAUUGGAAAUGAGAAAUUUUGAACUGUUAUCGCAGUGUAAUGAGAAUAUGAGCUUUGAUAUCGAUUUGACAAAUAACGAAACCGUAUUAUUAAUCAAAUGGCUUGAACAAUUUGAAAACGUACUGGUUGAAAGUUAUAAAGGAUUGGAACCGCGCCAUCUUAUUGAUUAUUUAGUUCGUUUGGCACAUCUUACUGGUAAUUCACUAGCUGUGCUUCGUGUGCUUAAUCAGCCGCGAGAAAUAGCAGUGCCACGGUUGCUAUUGUUUUCUGCUGCUCGAAGAGUAUUAAAUCGUGGCAUGAAAUUGAUUGGCUUGGAACCUAUCAAUCAAAUGUAA